AUGCCUUGUAAACGCAUUGACAGCAUCGAGUGGAAAUGUUCCAAAUCAGAAUAUCAGCGCUGUAUCGAGACCCCGGCGAGGGCCUCACAGACGCUGGGUCAAUCGCAAAUUACCGCAUCAUAUGAGGAGGCAGGAGGGAGGGGAGGUGAGCAUACCUUAAGUCUUAAGCAAAGGAAGAAUGGUGGUUGA